GGUUUCAAAGUUUGCCGGUAUCUAUUUGUUAGAUGUGACAAUGAACCCGCCCCGUGGACAAGCGAUGAUCAUGGAGAUAGGCCCAGACCCUUGCCCGUAAUUCGUGAACUGAAAAAGGCUACAGUCAUAUUUGAAAGGACUGAGACUCCAUCUUGGGAUUUUGAUGAGGAAGAUUCUCUUUGGAAGUGGAAGAAACCACCACCUCCCAGCAGACAAAAGGUACGAAAUGCCGAACCCGUAGAGGUAGCAAGGGAAAAGUCAAAUAAAGAUAUAAGGAAAUUCCAACUCAAGUCAAUCAAGGAACAAUUGCAGAGAGGGUUCUCGUGCAUGAUAUGUGGAGGGGUUAUGGUUUCACCAGUGACAACACCGUGUGCUCAUAACUUUUGUAAGUCUUGUUUGGAAGGUGCAUUUGCUGGUCAGACUUUUGUGAGGGAGAGAAGUAGGGGUGGGAGAACCCUUCGGUCCCAAAAGAAUGUGAUGAAAUGUCCUUCUUGCACUAUUGACAUUUCUGAUUAUCUUCAGAACAUUCAGGUUGAUGUAGAUUUGAAGAGUGCGAUUGAAUCAUUGAAAGCCAAGGUUGAAGAAAUUGGAGAAUCAGUGGAGUCAAGUGAGAAUGCUGAUGAGUUACAGGAUGAUGGCGCUGGCAAGGACGAAGAUACUGACUCAGGGAACAAAAAUUCUGAAGAGGAUUUGAAUGGUCUACAUGAAGGAUCUGAUGUUGGUGAGCUUAAAGAUGCCAACAAGGGGCCAGAUCUAGCAGUGAAGUGCAAUGCAAAGAGAAAGAAAGGGGAUUGUGGAAAAGAAUCGCCUGCUGAUAAAAUGAUGGAAAAAAGAGGUAAAAAAUACAGAAAGACUGAGGAAGCAGUGAAUGAAGAAAAUGAUUCUCCAUCAAGUCCUCUCCCAUAAAGUCAUGAUAGACUCAGAACUUUUAACAACUGGACUUUCAGUUUGUCGGAAUAAGACAUGGUGGUCUCUUAUGCUGAUGGCUCAGUAUUAGUCUUGAAAUUGUUACAAGUGAAGGAUUAUUUUUCUCAAUUUGUUGUUACCUUUUUGUCUUUUAAUCAUUUUAUGGGAAAUGGAACUAUCAAAGACCUCUAAGCAAUUCAAAUCAAAGAAAGAUCUUUCAUAGUAUCAUGUA